AAGGAGGUGCUGCGGCUGCCGCGCUCCGCUCGCUCUCAUUCCGCUCAGCCUGCUCUUCUCCAGCGCGUUCUCUUGCAGCGGACCCGUUUCUUUCCUCUGCUCACUUUAUUCCAAUAACCGGGAAACGGUCAGGAAGCAUCGCGCUAAGGCUUGACAAUACUACCCGAGCUCAGUCAUCCUUCACGUUCCUCACGGAGAGAGAGAUUGCAAUGCUUCAAACACGGGAUCUCAUCUGGACCGUGCUGCUCUUUGGACAUGCAGUCUCGCUGCAGGUGGAGAUUAUGCCACCCCACGGGGAAAUCAGCGUCGGAGAAUCCAAGUUCUUUUUAUGUGAAGUGGUCGGUGAUGCGAAGGACAUCGACUGGUUUGCUCCCAGUGGAGAGAAGCUGCUGCCAAACAGACAGGACAUCAGUGUGAGCCGUAAUGAUGAGACCUCGUCCACACUCACCAUCUACAGUGCUACUGUGGACAACGCCGGCAUAUACAAGUGUGUGGCCAAGAACGGGGACAAGGAAGCCGAGGCUACAGUCAAUGUCAAGAUCUACCAAAAACUCACUUUCCAGAACGCGCCGUCUCCUCAGGAGUUUAACGAAGGGGAUGAUGCUGUCAUCGUGUGUGACGUCAUCAGCUCUCCACCACCCACAAUUAUCUGGAAAUACCAGAGAACCAAGAUUCAGCCAGAAAAAGACGUGCGCUUCAAGGUCCUCAGCAACAACCACCUCCAGAUCCGCGGCAUCAAAAAGUCCGACGAGGGCGACUACACCUGCGAGGGGCGCAUCAUGGCUCGGGGAGAGAUUGACCUCAGGAUCAUUAAGGUCAUCGUCAAUGUUCUGCCCAGUAUUAGGACCCGUUAUGCAGAGCUCAAUGCCACUGCGGACAUCAAGCAGGCUGUGACACUGGUGUGUUAUGCGGAUGGCUACCCAGAGCCCACAGUCACGUGGGUGCGUAAUAAAGUAGUGCUGGUGGCCGAUGAGAAAUACAGUCUGAAUGAUGACGGCUCAGAGCUGACAAUCAAAGACGUGAAGAAGCUGGACGAGGGAGAUUACACCUGCAUCGCCCGCAAUAAAGCAGGAGAGAAGCAGGAGGAGAUCAGCCUCAAGGUGUUUGUGCAACCGAAGAUCACGUACCUGAAGAACCAGACAGCAUCAGAGCUAGAGGAACAGACCGUCCUGACCUGCGAGGCCACGGGUGACCCCACUCCCAGCAUCAUGUGGAGCUUCGGCAGGCGCAUCUUCAGCGAAGGAGAGCAGGCGUCUUGGACCCGACCUGAAAAACACAAGAGUCUGGACAGUAAUGUGAUAGUGCGCAGUGAUGCCCGUGUGUCCUCUCUCACCCUGAAGUACGUCCAGUUCACGGACGCUGGCCAGUACCUCUGCACCGCCCGCAACUCCAUCGGCCAGGACAUCCAGAGCAUGUACCUGGAAGUGCGCUAUGCUCCAAAAAUCCAGGGUGCAGUGACAAAGUUUACAUGGGAAGGGAAUGCUGCUAAUCUCACAUGUGAGGCUCUGGCUCAUCCAAGUGCAUCGGUGCAGUGGUUCCGCGAUGGAUUGCAGCUGCCAGCAGUGAACACCACCAACAUCAAGAUCUACAGCACACCAACCAUCAGCUAUCUGGAGGUCACCCCUGAAUCUCAGAGUGACUUUGGGAGCUACAACUGUACAGCCACCAAUGUAAUCGGCAGCGACUCUAAGGAGUUCCUGUUAAUCUCAGCAGAGGUGCCAUCGGUUCCAGUUAUCGAGCGUGUUGAGCCAUACCCCAGCACAGCCAUGGUGGAGUUUGAUGAGCCAGAUUCAGAUGGAGGAGUGCCUAUUCUCAAGUACAAGGCUGAGUGGAGGACAAAGGGUCAAGACUGGGUUAGCAAGGUGUACAACGUGGAGGAGGGCCUCAGCAUUAUCACCAUCGUUGGGCUCAAGCCAGAGACUGAAUAUGAGGUCAAGAUGUCUGCCAUCAACGGCAAGGGUGAAGGAGAAAGCUGUCCCCCAGAGACUUUUAAAACGCUGCCUGUCAGGGAACCAAAUCCUCCAAAACUGGAGGCCAAGCUGCAGUCCCCAGGCAAUGAGCUGAAGGUCAACUGGAUCAAGCAGGACGAUGGUGGCUCACCUAUCAAACAGUACCUAGUGAGCUUUAGACCUAAACACCAGAACACUUGGAAGCCUGUGGUCCGUGUCCCUAAUGGCAGUGAGUUUUUGGUGCUAAGAGGUUUGGAUUGGAACACAGAGUAUGAGGUUUCUGUGGUGGCAGAGAAUCAGCAGGGCCGCUCCCAGCCAGGCAUCCUCUUCUUCAGGACCUCCGCAGAACCCACUGCCAUCCCAGCUACCCUUGGCUGCUCCUGUGUCACGUACGCUCUGGUCACUCUCAUGCUCCCCAUGCUGACUGUGUUCUUGCUCUCAUAAACUGGAGCUCGACUGAAGAGAGGAGUGCUUGCCUCCCCCUGGCCCACUCUCCAACCUCCAACCUUCUGAUCCUCUGAUCUUCUGAUCCCACUGCAAGCUUAACAAACAAGAACAACAAAGAAAUAUCGGUUACAUGUUAAUGGGGUUAAGCCGAGUACUCAAUACUUGCAUCAUUCUGAAUGUUUUUUUUUUUCAUUCUGAUUGUUUUUACGCUCUCUGUUCUUUAUUCCCAUGAAUUUUCUGUCAAAAUUAGGCACCAUCUGUGUGGUUUGAAAGUUUUGGGCUUGGUUUUUUUUUUUGUUUUUUUUUUUUUUAAAUCAUGGACUUUCUGAAGCACUGUAGAACAUCUUGUGCCUACCAAGAAUUUCUCCAGGCUUCUCUUGGUGAUGCAUUCAGUGUACAAUCACUGAGAGGGCAUCUUCAACCAAGAGAUUUUAUACAAGUCCUGCUCUGAUCACAUGAAUUUCUAUUCAGUUUCUUAUUCAUUUUUCUUCCUAGAUCUAUUGGUUUGAUAACAGGGCUCAUAAUGGAAGGUUAUUUUCAAGAGGUCAGGCUUGUGUGUUAAUAUAAAAAUUUUUUGUGACAAAAUGUACAUAAUUUUAGAUAAUUCUAAAAAAAAAACUAUGAAAGUGUGCUUCUUGUUCUGGAUUUUUUUUUUUAAUUUUAUUUACUUUGUUUUUUUUUUUUCUUUGCUUCUUACUCGAGGAAAAAAGAACAUAUUCAAAACGUACUACCACUGUCCGAAGUGUGAUUUGAUUCUACUCUGUAAUACAGUUUUGUAACUACAUACCAGUGUGUUGUCAUGCAGUAAUCAUUGUAGGCUUUAAGAAAAAAAAAUAAGAUUAAUGUAUUUUUAUUGAAGGAGUAAUGUGAGCUUGGAUCCAUUGGAAGAAGCACUAUGGGAUCUUGAGUCAUAGCCGUAUGCUAGCUGGAGUUCAUAAUACAUUGGAUCAUAAUACAGUGUGAACGUAGUGUGUGUUUUCUCCACACUGCCAUGGUGCUGAUUGUUGGUUCAAACUGACCCACAGAGCCUUCAGCUGUGAAAGGCAAGUGUGUUCUGCUGUACUGGUGGUUUCUCGUCAUUAUCCAUCAUCAUGUGAACUGCUAAAUUCUUUAGAGCUUUUUUUUUCUUAAUGACAUUUUUUAGGACACUUCACUCCUUGUCUGAAAACCAAACAUGACACCCAUAGGCGUUUGUGUGAACUUCUGUAACACUUACAAUAAAAGAAUGUUUGUGACACUUGCUACAUUAUUCCCUGUUGGCCAACUGUCUGUCAUUACCCAAGGCUGGUGUAUCAAAAAGCAUUAAGUUGUUUGAAAAGACUUUUUUUCUCUUCCAGGGAGGCCACCAAUUGUCAAAUGCCUAAUGUCAGAAUGUCUUGCAAUGUAACAGCUCAUGAGUCGCAUAUGGCAUUGGGAACCUGGGGUGUUUAAAAUGGUCUCUAUAGUGACGUUUGCUUCCUGAUUCUAAUAAUAAUAAAAUUAUGAAAAUUAAUCAACAUGAUUCUUGGAAACACUUGCCAAUCACCAAUCACCUGGUUGGGUCUUUUCCUACCUGUAAGGCAGGAGAUUAUUUUAUUUAUUACAAUUGAGGUUUUUUUAUAUUCUGUAUCAAAUAAUUGGUAGGAUUGCAGCACAUAGACAUUUUUUAACACCACAUCAGGGUUGUAGCCAAAGUUUAUUUUAGAUUGUAGAGGUACGCCUGGUUAAGUCAGGAAAGUGAGUACGCAAGCAUUAUGUCUCCUAAUGAGAAUGAUAAUUAACCUCAUUAUCACAAACAGUGAGGGGAAAAACACAUUUUUCAAUUUUAAACAACACACAAUUGCCUUGGUGUCCUUGCAUUUAACUGCUGAAUUGCUGAUGGCACCAUGGCGUGUAUAGGCUAAUUAACCAGAGGCUAAUUAACCAGAAGCAUACCUUUUCCAACACUAACUGUAGACAUCUAGGGCGCCUGUUGAAGAUUGCAAUUAUCUCACUGUAGACCAAUGACUCUGCUAAUUCCUCUUAUUUAUUUUUUUUGUACAACACUAACACUUAAGACUGAAAUUUGUUUCCUUGCCAAGAUUACAAAGUACUGCGCUAGGUAGGAACCAACAUAUCUUACGUAGCUAACCCCAUUCAUUUGCAAAAAACAAAUGCAUCAGGAGCAACUCAUUUCAGCAACACAUUUUACCAAUAACAUCAUUUAAACAGUAUAUUUUCUGAGAUAUUAUAGUAUAUUUUCAACAGUGCAACAUAUGGACCAUUUGGUUCCUUUUUGUUUUUUGUUGCUAUCAGCAGUCUAGGAUGGGCCUGAUAUUCACAUUAGGGUAGCUAAUGCUCCCAUGCUCAUAUCAGUAUCUACUUUUUACACCAAGUUUGUAAAUAUCAUGGUUGACUCUUGAAUGUUGUGAUUAUCUUGUCCUAAACCAAGGACUCAGCUAAUUCCUUAACCUUUAGUGACUUGAAAAAAUGCACACUGAAAACGGUUCACAUGCCAUGACAAUGCGUUAACGAUUAUGCUAGCUAGGUACGAUGCUUGCAGUAAACUACAGUAACAUAGCUUAGGAAGAUUGCAUUAGUCACUAGUCACUCAGUAGGGCAUUUUACCACUGAAAUCACAUGAAAGUCAGUGGCAAUUGACUGAUAUGGGCCACAGAUUAAUUUGUUCCUCUUCUGUUUGCCUUGGUUUCUAUUUUGGGUUUGGUUAUAUUGCUUUUGGGUUUGGUUGUAUUGCUUUUGGCUUUGGUUUGGUAUUGAUUUUGGGUUUGAUUUGGUAUUGAUUUUGGGUGUGGUUUGGUUUAUAUUUUGGGUUUAGUUAGAUUUGGUUUGAUUUGGGUUUGGUUUUAGAACCGUCAGAAACAUGGCCUGGCCUGGGCUACAAAUUUGAACAGCUCAGCCGCCCCUCAUGGCCUCACUCAUGCUUCACAGGGUAUCCACUUUUGUUACCAGCAGAUGUAGUCAUAAUGUCAUAGCAGCAGUUUAUUCUAGGGAAGAGAAACUGGUUAUACAUUGGUAGGCUAUUUAGCAUUAAAUCUAUCUUAGAGAUGUCACUAUAGAAGGGAUAACAGCUAAUAGCAUACGAAAGAGUGUAGGGGCGAUAUCUACCAGAGGCUAAUUCCCCAAACACCUCGUUAUAAUCCAGUGACAUUGAUAAUUCCAUUCCACAGAUAAAACUUAAGACAUGACCACAUGUAAACUGUUACGUAGCUAAGUACUGUGCCAGCCUGACACUAACACAAAAUUGGUAGUUACAAAAAAAAAAAACAGAUAUAAUCUCAUAAAUGAAUACAUUUUGCAACAUUUAAAUUGCCAAUUCAGAGAUACAUGCAGCUAAUCAUUUUUUUUUCUUUUUUUUCUGUUCAUUCUUUGAGCCAGCAGAAACCUUUGAGGGUCCUGGGAUACAAACUGGGGUGAUUCAUGCCCCCUGUAGCUAAAUCUCUUUCUGCAUGAUAUGCACUUUUUGACCAGCAGUCUAGAGCAUGCUACUUUGAGCAUUUAGCACAGCAGGUCCAUUCAACCUACUUAUAUUAAAGCCAAAAUGAUUAGAGAAUUUCAGAAAGUCUGAGACUGGCUUGAAGUAGAAUGAAAAAAGCAGUCUUUUAACUUCAACUUGAAAAGGAACGUCUAAUUAACUUUAUCUGCAUUUUCUAGGUAGCCAUAUCUCUUGCUAAACAUAAGACUUUAGCAUGUUUUCGAUGCUUAUACAAUACAAGGAUAUAAUAUAGCAGUUAUUAUUUAUUACUUAGCAUUUUCACAGUAUUAUUAUUACUAUUUUAAAUAGUUUAUUCAUUGGUUUAUUUCAAAAUUUUAUACACAGCAAAAACAAGUCUUAGAUGGUUUACAGUAAUUAGGAGCACAUUUUACUACAAAAAAAUUGGAUUACAUAGUUUGGCUCAUUAAAUAUUAUUGUUAAAUGUGUUAUUAAAUGCAGAUGAACUUUACACCCUGCACUUAUCCAGUAUUCUGUCCAGGCACAAGAGAAGCGGAGCUUCCAGCUUAAAAUCAUGAGUUCAUUCCAUAUUCAUUUCCUUUUAAAAUGCACAUAUAUCAUGCUAGAAGAUACCUCAUACCCAGAAGAAACUUUUUAAACAACCUGAUACAUUUCCCCACAUGUUCCUACUAGUGUUUCAUAUUCAAUUUGUCAUCUCUGUAGUGAGAAUCUGUGGAGACAGGUGACAGGCCUAUAGGACAUUCUGGACAUGUUGCUGACUCGGCAGGCGGGGGCUUUGGUGUUGGAGAGCUCAGAGCCAGCAUUUGUUCUUAGACGUGUGAUGUGAUUUAUUGCUGCGCUUACAAUGCGGCCCAGAGCAGAGGAAAACAAAUGUUAGGCUGCAAAGAGCCCUGAACCCUCUUGAGCUGGGCAGUAGAUUAAAGCUGCCAGUCAUGUCUCCCACUUUCUUUAGCCAGAUGUGCUCUCCAAAACACAGCUGGAAUCAGAGAUGGAGAAAAACACUGGCGGAAAUAAAGACGGGGAGAUAGAGUGUGAGAGGCAGUAUAGUAUAGCUGUCAAAGUGAAUGAUCAGUUCUUAUCUUUAAGACACUGUUGAGGAUUGUGGAAGUGAUAAUCCCAGCAUUGAAUUCUCUAACACACUAAAGAAGGCAUCUCAAACUCGUAGAACUGUGAAAUCAAGAACCAGCACUAGAUAACCUACAUUUAAGUUCCUAGCUUUGCCUUGAUUAAACCUGGAACCUUAAAGUGUUCUUGUGUUUGUCACUUAUAUUUCAACAGGGCAAUUCCAGAUCAGAAGGGAUUCCACAUAGAAUUGCUUUAGGAAGCUAAGAGCCCUUACAUAUCCAAAAAAUCAAUGAGAAACUCUUUUUUUCUAAAAGUGUGACAAAUUAAAGGAAGAUCUAUUAUGAUAUAGGGGGCAUUUAUUUAUAUUGCUGGAUUGGUUUGGGUCCACUUGUUCCCUUUAAGGAAAGAGUCAUUGCAAAUCAAUACAAAGCUCUUCUGACUGGUCACCUUUACCCUAUAAUGAAACAUCCUUAUAUUUUAUCCUGGUGGGAGUGACCUCUUCGAAGAUGACUCCGCCCCCAUCCACAGGACAUGACAGCUCAGUGAAUGGUUUGAUGAGUAUAAAAAUGAUGUAAAUCAUAUGCUACGACCUUCAGUGUCACCAAAUCUCAACCCAGCUGCAUACUUAUGUUAGACAAUGUUAGACAGCACUCCACCACCAUCAAAACACCACUAUUCUUUUGGAAGAGUGAUGUUCAUCCCUCCAGUACAGUUCAAGAGAUUAGUAGAAUCAAUGCCAAGGAGCAUUGAAGUUGUUAUGGCGGCUUGUAGUGGCUCAGCAUCUUACUAAUAUACUUAAUGUUGCUUUUUUUCCUUUGUGACCCAUCAGUAUAUACAGUACAUCCACUGACUGUAGAAGAUCUUUUGCUCCCCUCUACCCUGUCCAUCAUCCACUGCAGAACAGAUACUAUAGUAGUGUGUGUUGUACUGGUACUAAUGUAUCUAGUUUGUGGUGGUCCUUUGAGGAACCUUUCCAUUGAUGGAUGAGGUAGAUACUAGGUGGUAAACUGUACCUUAAGGCAGCUGGUCUACAGACCAAUAUUAUAUGUCCUCAAAGUGAUCAAGACAGUAAGUGGACCUGAUAAAAAAAAGGGUCUAAGAGUGUAGGUCACACCUGGCAUUAACAUGGAUCCUGGGUGAACUGAUCGUAAGUGGACAGGGCUAAGUACAGGUAUGAAUGGAGUCAAAUGCAUCUUAAAGACACAUUAUGAUCAUGGAUCCGAUCAUGGAUCUCAUCAUCAUCCUCUAGUGGAAAUGAUGUGUGAAUGGCUAUGCUUCUCGGCUUUCUACUUGUGAUCAGAUUUCUCAAGACAGAUGUUAAUACCAGGUGUGAACAGGGCCUUAGGUUCUUCAAGCCUUCUUUGGAUAGUAAAGGGUUUGUUAGCUUUUUAAAUGCAUUCUACUAGAUUUCUAUGUUUAACCAUUUUUUUUCUAAGAUUGUAGGUGUGCCAGGUAGAAAAGGGAUGCCAAAGAGGUUUUUUGAAUAGUUCAAAGAAGAGCCAAUCUUUCUUGAAGAUCCAUUUGAAAGUGAUAAAAAAAAAAAUUCCUGAUCCUAAUAGUUCUUUUUACAAUAGAAUGCAAGCGUAAAAUCCUAAUCUGUUCCUGUUGAAUACCCAUGAUCUACUGAACCCACAACAGCUGAAGUGUACUUGUUUAGAAUCUAUCACUGUGUCUGUUUUAGGGUUUUACAUAGAACCUUUAAGAGUCCCUUCAAGAGUAUCAACAGAAAAACCCUUUAUGCUGCUAGAUUACACUUUUUCUUCUGAGAAUGUAUUAUUUGACACUGAGGAAAAAAAACAUUAAAUCUAGAACCCUUACAGAAUCUUUUGUUGUCCCUCUGGGGGAACUUUUAGAGGUUCAGUGUAAAGUGUUUACCAAUGAUACAUUUUUAAUAAGAACUGUAGGGAUUUUCAUCUAAGAACGUAUGUUACAAGAAUAGUUGUAUUUGUUAAGAAAUGUGUUUUUAAGGGUGUUAAAAACAGCUAGGUGGAAACAUUUCUUCUAUGUAUUAUUUGAUGCAAAAAAAAAUGUUAAACCUAGAACCCUUGAGGGAUCUUGUUUCUCUGGGGGAACCUUUAGAGGUUCUGUGCAGGACCCUACAACUGAGUGUUUACCAGAGAGAAAGAGUUUUAAGUAGAACCCUCUUAGGAAGAUAAGAACUCUGAUCUAUAUAAAGAACCAUUGGAGCAUAGCUUAAAGGAGUUUUCUGAAAGGAAAACCCUUUGUUGUAUGGUUCUACAUAGAACCCUCUAAGCGGUCUCCCAGAGGGACAAACCAAAGAAGCCUGUAUAGGGGACUAGAUUAAACUUUUUUCUUCUAAAAGUGCAUUAUUGGACACUAUCAGAAAAUCUAGAUUUUUAAAAAAAAAAUCUGAAACCAUUAAGGUUAAAUCUAGAAGCUUUAACCUUUAAGAGAUCUUUGUUUGUCCCUCUGUGGAACAUUUAGACAUUCUAUGUAGAAGUGUUUAGCAUUGAGAAAGGGUUGUAAAUAGAACCUUUUAGGAAGAUAAGAUCCUUUAACCCCUUCUUUUUUUCCGAGUGUAGCUUACAUGUUUAGAAUAUGUGUAUUUGGAAAGUAAUGCUUUAAAAAGGGUGUCUCCUAAAAGAAUAAUAAGUAAUAAUAAUAAGUUCUAUUUAGCUUUUCUGAAAGUAAAACCCUCCAAGAAGUCCCUGAGAGAGACAAAUUGAAGAACCCUAUCUGGUGCUAGAUGGAACAUGUUCUUCCAAAAAUUGAUGCAAAAAGUAUUUUAUAUUAUGAUGACAAAUGUUGCUUGAACUAAGUAACACUUUUUGUUAGAUUUAAGAGGAAUUUCUUAUGACUACUGACACUAGAUAAGACAGAUUUUUGUGUGAUGUGUUCUAAGAGAAGCUUUAUUCACUAUGUCCUCCUAACUGAAGCACACUGAAUCUGCAAGUUAUGAUGUGAAGUGUUGUGAUAAUUGCAUUGCUUUCUCUCUAAUUCAUUUCCGUAUUAACUCUGCUUUGAACGCGUCAAUAAUUCACAGUCUCCCGACACAUUUAAAUGUGUUUACUUUAUUUAUAAGGCUAUAAAUUAAGGGCACAUUUCAUUAGAUAUAGGUAUUUUAGUUUAGACCCUGACAGAAUGUCAGCUAAUGAUAAUUAAUUACCCAGCCAAGACAACAUUGAUGGUUCUUUGGCUAAGAUUGCAUUUCCUGAGCUGAAAGGUCCCUGAUGAGAAGAGUUCAGUAGAAAUGUUUAUUGAGUGCAAAGCACAGGCUUGUAUUUUAAGAAGCUGCAGAAAUAAUGUUUUCCAACCUAAUCUAAGAAAGCUAGGAAAUAAUAAGUCAACUUAAAAGAGGUGUUCAUGUUCAGCUCCAUGGUCCAAUCAGACGUAUUCCAUACAGCCCAGGCUCUCAAUCGUGAAAGCGUAGAACUUGGCAACGAUGACUGACGGGAAAGCACAUGCUGGAGAAAGAUAACAAGGCUUCACAGAGGCUUUUCUGGAGGAAAAGAAGUGGGGAAUGCUGCCAAUUAAUAUUAAUUCAGCAGGAGGGCUGAAUUAGCAGAAUAUUUUUAUUUCAUUCUUCCUAUUUUCUCACUUUUUUACUACUUUGGGUUUCUAGGUUUCUUCGUUCAGCUAUACAGCUCAAUAAAUUGUAUCUUUCAGGGUACAAAAACUUGUCAAUUGUCUUUUGUACCUUUACUUAGAAGACCCCGAAAGGAUGUAGUGUACAUUUUAGAAUUAUUCGCAGUACGUAAUUGGGACCUUAUGGACCGCUGUUGUUCCUUUCAAGGAUACAUUCGCAUUGCACCUCUGAGAAGAAAUCUUCCUUUUUAUCUGACAAAAUUUGUGCUUCUGACUAUUUUACCUUUUAAAAAACUGGCAAAAUAGCUAUUUUCUAGCGAUAUUGGCUACAUUUCUAGCAUUUUCUCUACUCUGGGAUAAUUCUCAUUAAUCAACCUGCCAUCUGAUCUGGUCUAAUCUGCUACAUUUAAAGCUACAGUUUGUGAUAUUUAAACGUGUCCCCAGACAAAAUCAUAUCAUAUUUCCAAACAGUAAGCAUAUUUAAAAACAUUUAAAAACACCUUUACACAUCAUCAUUUGUAUAUUUAUAUAUACAAUCUAUAAUUUUUACAUUAUUAAUUAUGUCUCAUUCAGGAUAACACCUUGUUAGUGUUUUAUUGUAAAGCCUCUAAUGGAUGUCAUACUUUAUCCCAGAUUGUGAUUAAGUAUGGAAUAAAGCAUGACCAUUGGUAAACCAUUGGUAGCACUGCCAAAUUGCUGUAGUAUAUGGG